AUGGCUAUACAGACGGCCCUAUUCGAGUCCGAGCAACCUUUCCAGGUUGGCUUCCCCUAUCUCAUCGGUGCUGCGACUGUCCUCCUCGCACUGCUCUGGCAUCUGGUCCAAGACGAAAAACCAUACCCAGGGUUCCCCCUCAUUGGCAAGCAAAAGGGAGAGUGGCUCAACACGAAAGCAAAGGAGCGCAUGAUCAAUCAUGCCAACGAAAUCUUGAAAGAUGGGUACAAGAGAUACAACGGGAAGCCUUUCCAGGUCAUUGCAGACACAGGCCCGACUAUUAUCCUGUCCCCGCAGAUGGCGCAGGAGAUCCGCAACGACGAUCGUUUAUCGUUCAUGCAGGCCGUUGAGCGGGUCUUCCUACCGUGGUACAAAGGACUGGAGCCAUUUGGCGCUGGCGUUUCCGAGCACGACGUCUUUCGAGUAUCAAUUCGGCAGAAUCUGACACAAUCACUGGGCAGCAUCACCGAAAGCCUUUCUCAGGAGACGACCUACGUCCUCAACCUUCUCCUGCCCGACGUGACGACAGAAUGGACCGGCGUGACAUGGGUCCCCGUCGCGGCCAAGAUAGCCGCCCGCCUUUCGGCCAAGGUCUUCCUGGGGGAGCCCCUCUGCCGCAACGAAGAGUGGCUGACGCUGUCGCUGACGUACGCCAUCGACGGCUUCCAGGCGGCGCGCGACCUGCGCUGGUGGCCGCCCUUCAUGCGGCGCCUGGUGCACGCCUUCUCGCCCGAAUUCGGGAAGCUACAGGCCAAGAUGAAGGAGGCGCGCCGCAUCAUCGAGCCCGAGGUCGCCGCGCGCAAGCAGGCCCGCCGUGAGGCGGUGUUGGCCGGCGAGAAGCCGCACAAGGCUGCUGAUGCCAUCGAGUGGAUGGACGAGCACGCGCGGGACGAACCCUACGACAUCCCGCUCGCCCAGGUGGCCCUGUCGUUCGCGGCCAUCCACACCACCUCCGGCAUGAUCUCGUCGCUGCUGUGGGAACUCACUGCUAACCCCGAGUACAUCGAUGACUUGCGGAAGGAGAUCAUCGAGAUCAUUACAGACGAUGGCGGUUGGAAGAAGACGAGCUUGUACAAGAUGAAGCUGCUGGACAGCUGCAUGAAAGAGGCGCAGAGGCUGCACGUCAUCGGCGCGUUGGCCAUGAAUCGUAAGGUGACGACCCCAGUCACCCUAUCCGACGGCACGUAUCUGCCUGCCGGCACGCACCUCGCCCUGCCGACCUGGCCCAUGAAGGAUCCAGACUUCUAUGGGCCGGACGCCGACAAGUUUGAUGGCCGCCGCUUCCUCGAAAAGCGCGAGCAGCCCGGGAAUGAGCACCGCUGGCAGUUCGUUACCACCUCCCCCGAGCAUCUAGGGUUCGGUCAUGGCCAACACGCUUGCCCCGGCCGCUUCUUUGCUAGCAAUGAGAUCAAGAUCGCCAUGGCACACCUGCUGCUCAAGUACGACUGGAAGUUCGAGGGCGAGCCUCCGCUUAAGAGUUUGAGGGAGUCGGAGUGGGUGCCGGACCCGACCGCGAAGAUAUGGGUGAAGAAGAGAGAACCGGAAAUUCAGUUGUAG